CGUGUUUCUUGGUUUAAAUUGCAAUCGAAGUGUUAUCGUAUUAUGCUACUGUAUUAUGUAUCGUAUUUAACUUUCGAUAGCUUAUUAUCGAAAAUGUUUUACUCUCGCUGCUAACACUGAUUUGUUAACUCCACUUCCAUUCGAUAUCUGCUUUAACGUCGUCUCAAUGUGUAAUAAAGAUAAGCUACUGCAUUCUUGUAUAUCUACACGAUCAGUGAAAUUUACACGUACAGAAUGAAAUUACAUAAGCGUUAACGUCCGACAUCUGUCAAUUUCCCAAAUUUCGGAAGAGUCGAGUAGUUUGAAAUCUGUUUUUUCUUUUUCGAUUUUAUUUUCUUCCGAUUUUCACUCUAUUUGAGUGAAAAUCGAGUGUUUGAGAAGACGAGACGAUUAGUUAUUAACUUACGACUAACGAACAGCAAGCAUGGAAAUGGAAAAAAGUAAACGACAGACUGAUCCGUAACAAAAAGAAAAAAAUGUGCUCUUUAGGCGAUAAAUCAUGUAUUCGAUCGAUCUUGUCCUUCGAUCUUUCAACCAACAGGAUAUAUUGCAUUUUACAAAGUACAUACAUCGCGCAAGUUACGUAAAGAGUCGAAGGGAACAUUUUUGUCACCAACUGCGCGGUAACUGCGAAAAUUAUAGUCACGCGGCAGACAAACGUCCCUAAGUUCAACUGCAGCCACCGAAGCGAUCAGUGUUCUCCAAUAAUGUGUUUCCUACAUUUAAGAAGAUACUCGAUUUAACAAUUACCGCUUCCGACACAAUUGCAAUUAAAAUAAUUUCGGAUCUUUUGUUUCGUUAAAAUUGUCUCGCGCUUCUUUGUUACGUAUUAUUAGAAGAAAUCUCUCGUCGCAACACGAGUUUGCCUUGCAUUCAUUCAGACGUUCGUUGCAGCCUAAAUUUGUCUGUUGUCAUUUAGUCGAUCGGUUUCGUGUAUCGCUUCGCACUAAUUGUAAAAAAAAAGAAAGUGUCACGGAAGAGAAGCGCCACUGAUUUUAUGACAUUCGAUGGAAACGGAAAUGGAAAAAUAAUACCGCAUUAUCGAUAAAACGUUUAGUUGAUGGCACUUAAAAUCGUAUCGGAUAUCUAACGGAAUCGUCAUCGCGAGGGAGAAGAAGGUGACAUUCGAAGGUCGCGAAAUCAGAGUCUAAGGAGUUAUCACGCGAUAAUGUUGUCGUCUGCUUGACCGCCCAAUAAUCUGUUUUUAGUGCAGUAAGACUGGUAGUAAGAAUCGCGACAACAAUCGGUCGUUUCAUCGUGGAUUAUUGCAUAUAGAUAUUGUCAUAGUAUACGUUGUCAUCAAUUAUCAAAUAACAGAGACAAAAUUGAGAAGGCAAGGGACGAAUCGAUGAAACCCGACAAAUUUUCGCAUCGUUACUCUAUCAUAAAUCUUGACAACAGUUCCUGACAGUCCAUUGCCGCUUGGUUUGAAAGGUUCAGUCAAAGAAUGUCGAAGAAGCAAUGGUUGGUCCUGUUGAUGCUGUUCUUGACUUACUUGUUGCUAGGUGCUUCCAUUUUCUACCAUAUCGAGAGUCCCUUAGAAAUCGAGCGCGCCAGAGAAGCCAAACGUGAACGCAUCGAGAUUAACGCUUUGCUUCAUGCACAUUAUGUGCCUAACUUUAAACACGAUUACGAUGAAAUUCUUAAAAAGUUGACGCAAUAUUGUGAAAAAUCGGUUUAUAAUUAUACCGAAGGAGAGACGGAUCGCCUUGACUGGGAUUUUUACAACAGCUUUUAUUUUGCUUAUACCGUCGUCAGCACGAUAGGUUAUGGGAAUUUGGCUCCGACAAAUAUGCUCAGCCGCAUCCUGAUGAUAUUUUACGGCCUGAUAGGCAUUCCUAUGAAUGGAAUUUUAUUAACGCAGCUGGGAGAAUUUUUUGGGCAUGUAUUCGUCAAGGCUCAUCAGAAGUAUAAAUCGUACAAACAUGGCCACAGCGACUAUUAUGCCAGAAAAUUGACAACAUUUGAAACGGGCAAAGUUGGAUUAGCUGCACAGAUAUUCGUUCAUUUGAUGCCAGGUUUCGUCAUGUUUAUUUUUUUCCCAGCAUUUCUCUUUUGUUACUACGAACGUUGGACUUACGACGAAGCUGUCUACUAUGCUUUCGUCACAUUAACGACUAUCGGAUUCGGAGAUUAUGUGGCAGGAAAGGACAAUAGCAAGGGUAGUGGAUUUUUCUUUAUAUUAUACAAGGCCUUCCUGAUCUGUUGGAUUUCCUUUGGAUUGGGGUACACCGUUAUGAUUAUGACGUUCAUCGCGCGAGGUAUGCGCAGCAAGAAGAUUACUCGAAUCGAGCAUAAACUGGCGGUCAAUUUAAAGCACACGCAAAGUAAAAUUUGGAACGAAUUCAACAAAGAGAUAAACUACUUGCGUCGUGUUUUCAACGAAUUACAGCUGUCCAAGGUCAAGAGAGUGUAUAUCGAUGAAUGUAAUUGCGAGAUUCCACCUUUGAAAUUCCCACGUAGCAACAGUUUCCCUGAUCUUCGAGAUUUGCUCUACUGUUCAAAAGAGAAGGACAGGCUGUGUAACAGACCUCGACGUCGCGCCAACAGCGAAGUGGUACCGACAGAAGCUGAAAUAACUCGAGUCGUUUCCGAGACCGAUUUGCAAAGAAUCGACAAAACAGCAACAUUCGCAACGCAUGCGAUGGUUCAGCCGGCAGAGCUGUUGGCAAGAUUAGUAAACGUUCUUGGUUAUAUACCACCAGUUGCAGAAGACACUGAAGCCGAUAAUUCAAAUCAGACAACUUUCGUUAACCAAGAUAUUGGAUAUCGUAGUAACAAACUCGAAGGGAAUAAUAGUAAAGAAUACUCUGAAAAAGAGUCAACUCACGCGUCAAAUACUGGAUCGGGAAUUCGAACGAUCGGUCGUGAAAAAAUACCAGCAUAUCGCUUUGCCAAACCUCGUUCAAGAGCGACUAGUGAGAUUAAACUAUACGAAACGAAGAACGAAGAUCGAAACAUCGAGUGGACAUGGUCUGGUCCAACAACGGCUAAAAAAGUUCGAGAACUAAUGAAAUCACGAACAAGUGAAUCAUCUGACAGAGAACAUGGCAGUAAAGAAGGAAAAUUUUCGAAACUUCGUAGCUUUGCAUUAACAAGAUCCAUUUCCAAAGCUCUGGUCUCGUCCGCUCCUUGGAAAGGUCGUUUCUCAAUGAGCUCGGAAAAAAAGAACCCAAAAUUGGAUCAUGAGAUUAACAGGGACAACGGACAGUCAUUCGCCUCGGAAUCUGUGUCGAUCGACGAUAGACGAGAUUCCACCACUUCGAAUCUACAAAGACAUUACUACACGCAUACCGGUGCAGAUGGCAACCUUAACGCAGAAACUGCUAAUCAUUUGCUCGAGGAGACCAGUUUGGCCGAUUUCUUAAGAGCUCUCACCGUUCUUCACGCAAGUGUCGCUACCAACAGUAGCUGGACCUCAGUCGCGAAUGCGGAUCAGUUUCAGCGUGAUCAACCUCGGAGAAAAAUGGGUAUCGCUUCUUUGACACCGCCAAAACUUCCUAGCUUGUUCACGUUAUUUUCACCUUCUCCACCUACAUCGACGACUCAAGCUAAUCAAAACACUGCUGCGCAAGAAUCUUACUCGAACGAAAACAAGCUACUCUCAUCUCAAAAUCGACGAGAUUCGAGAAGAGGUAGUUUGAUGUUCAUCACACCCACAAUCAACAAGUCAAGAAGAUUUUCUUUGAGACCUGUAGCGACACCCGUUAGUCCUCCAACGCCUCCGAAAAAUGAUUCGCCAUAUUUAUCGGACUCACGGAGAACGGCACACGAAAAUAGAUCAUCGUUUUUGUUCGAAUCGCUGAAAGAACCUCUUAUUCUAACAGAAAGAGUACCAGGCCAUUCAACGCCAAUAAAAUCAUCCCUGAACGAUCGACGAUUCUCGUUACGACCUACGACCCAAAAUCCAAACGGAUCUCCCCUCGUUCCUUCGUUCAAGGCUAUACCUCGUUGGAAAGCCGGCAUGUUGCAACGACAAAUUGGCCAAAUGAAUCUUCGACGUCGAGCCAGAGCCUUCAGUUUGAGCGACGUUCACGCCGAAGAUCUCGAGAAAAGAGCCGAACCUUUCGAUCUAUCGUCUAAAAUUUGCGACAAACGUAAUCGCAAUACAAAAGACUGCUGUAAAAUUGUUUCUCCAAACGAGUCCAAGGAUUUGAGAAAUAACGAACUUGUGAAAAAUUUUUCCAUCGAAAAUUCUGAUCAGUUUACGUCUUCGGUUCGUGGUUCGAAUAGACGAUAUUCGACACUUUCACAAGAGACUGCUUGUACGAACAAUUCUGUCCGACUCGAAGAAAAAACCGUGCAAAUUGUCGAACCAGACAUUAGUAAAUCGACUGCAGACGUAAUCCCGACCGAAAAUAUCAAUUGUUCGAUCAACGAUCGUGCUUUUUGUCCUCGGUUAGGCGACAGACACGAUGAAGAAUUCGUUUCAUCCAAUACAAAGGAACAAAUAAUAUUGUCAAAUGAUUUUUCUACUACUAUUGACUUUACCCCCGACUGUAAUUUACUCGUCGAUGUUGACACGAAAUCACAGGAAUCGUUAAUGGAAGUAAAAAUAGAAAAUCCCGUUACGAAUAUCGUUUGUAAUUCUUCUGCAGCCGAUGUUUCCUUAAAUAAUUCACUUGAUUCACUUUCAGAAUCAAAGAUUAGAAAGCAUGGGUCACGCUUGCCUAUUAAUAAAUCGUGACAUUCUGCAAUGUGUAAAAAGCCUAAAACUCAGUAUAUCUGCAAUCAUUUUAUGAUGGUGCUUCAUACUUGGAUCAAAAUAUGGAAAAUACUUUGAAAGAUAAAUAGAAUUUCAAACAUGACACGGUUAUAAAUGAACAACAAAGUGUUUAUAAAUGUGGAAAAAGUCACGCGAUUGUUUCUCGAAUGCUGUCGCUUUGUUUUGUGGUCAAUUUCACGAAAACAAAAAAGAUUAGAUUCGAGAGCAACAGAAAAAAAGGAAAAAGGAAAGAGGAAGAGAUAAGCCCCUCUUCUCUCUUCUACACUAUUUGCACCGAUACGUUGAAUUCUUUCAAUUGUUUUAAAGCAGCGGUUAUCGUUUCUACUUUUUUCUUUUGCCUUUUCCUCCCACUUUAAACGAAAGUAGAAUCAUGGUCGAAUUACUAUGAUUUCUAAGAGAGACGAUAUUUCGCAAGAAAUGAUUUUCAACAUAUAGUAUUUUUUGACAUCUAUGUAUGUAUUUUUGUUCAAUCGUUCGAUAUAAUAAAUUAUGUAUAAUUUAGUUUAUUACACAGGAACG